UCUAGCGCCACGCAGAAGACCUUGUUCUCGCCCGCGGGCCACAGUCGACCCAUCAGAGAAGGCAGGCAGCAGUUGGAAACUUUCUCCAUCGCUCGUCAGCACCAUGGACAGCCCGGGGUUCGACAACUUGGACGCCGUCGGAUUCCUGCAGAUUUGGCAACGAUUUGAUGCUGAUGAUAAUGGAUACAUUGAAGGCAAAGAAUUGGAUGAUUUUUUCCUCCACCUCAUGAAGAAGCUUGGUACUGAGGGCAGCGACCUGAGUGUUGGAAAGGUCCAGAAAAUGAAAGAGCGAUUUAUGUCUGCAUAUGAUGUCACUGCUGAUGGGAAGCUGCAGAUCCAGGAGUUGGCAAACAUGAUCCUACCAGAGGAUGAAAACUUCCUUCUGCUAUUCCGACGUGAAACCCCGUUGGACAAUAGUGUGGACUUCAUGCGGAUCUGGCGUAAAUAUGAUGCAGACAGCAGUGGAUACAUUUCAGCCUCUGAACUUCGGAACUUCCUGAGAGAUUUGUUCCUUCGACACAAGAAAAUUAUUUCAGAUGACAAGCUGGAUGAGUACACUGACACAAUGAUGAAAAUUUUUGAUAAAAACAAAGAUGGCCGACUGGACUUGAACGACUUGGCAAGGAUCUUAUCACUGGAUGAAAAUUUCCUUUUACAGUUCAAAAUGGAUGCUUGUAGUCUGGAAGAAAGACGAAGAGACUUUGAGAAGAUUUUCUCUCAUUAUGAUGUGAGUAAAACAGGAGCUCUGGAGGGUCCUGAGGUGGAUGGAUUUGUUAAGGAUAUGAUGGAACUGGUGAAGUCGAGUAUCACUGGAGUUGACCUUGACAAGUUCCGUGAAAUUCUGUUACGCCACUGUGAUGUAAACCAGGAUGGGAAAAUCCAGAAGUCUGAGCUUGCCCUGUGCCUUGGACUGAAAAUUAACCAAUAAAUCAACCAUGCAAUGAGUUAUUCUACACUGUUACCACACAUUAUAAUCUGAUCUUUUCUCUCAUACAUUUAAUAACACACUUACAUUUGCAGACAAACCCAGGCUCUGUGAAUCAUCGCAGUGGUCCAUGUUUGGAAAGGACAGGGGAGGUGAAUCUAAUAUACCCAAUCAAUUCAGCACUCGAAUUGAAAAGCUAGAAUGCUUUUGAAUAUGCAUGCCAAGGUACAAUGUUUUCAUUGUCAUUAAUAUAAACUGAAACAGUGCAGACAUUAUAAUGGCAACAUAGGUUUGCACCUUCAUCACUGAUGUAAGGCACUGUCCAUACAUUUUGACAAUGGUCACAUGCUUUAUAAUUCAACUGCAUCAAUACUUGCCUGAUGUGAAUAAAAAUUGAAGUGUAUAUUCCUGGUGCUCUGCUUCAAAAAAAGGGAACUAUUUGGAAUUAUUACAUGUAUUUUAAGAAAAAGACAACAGACAUAAGGUUUAGGUCACAUUUUCCCAUCGUGCCUUUCAGGACAUAAUCCUGUUGCUACAAAAGCAAUAUGCACCCAGUAGUAAAUUAUUUAAGACCCAUUUGAUGAGCUACCAGUAAAGCCUGUAUUUGUAAUCAGUUGGCAUACCUCUGUUAUCUGUUUAAUUCUCACUUAAUCACCCCUUAGCACUUCUGGCACAGUAUCGCAAAAGAGUUAACUUCAGAAAUAAUAUUUGCUUUUUGCCAAGUAUCAAAUGACUAUUGUAUCCUUUGCAUGUCACACUGCUGUGUUUGUUUUGAAUGUUCAGCCACAGAUAUCUGCUGUGAAGUCUGUAGCCCUGGGUACUAGUC